AUGGCGUCGUCAGGAAAGGAUAAGAUCAACAUGCUUGGUGACGCACAGGUCGAUCAGCUUGACAGGGACCUUCGCGAGUUUAGGAGGGAUCUGGGCACACUGGCUGAUAAGCAGAUCGCCAAGCAGCACGACGCCGCGCGGCGCGAUUCGGCGACAGUGCGUACGACGCAAGAUAAGCUAAACGAAUUGAGGCGACUGGAGCAGGAUUUUUUGGCUGAGGAGCAGAGCAUCUUGAAACAGCAAGAGGAGCAGCAGGAUGACCUGGACCGGCAGUGUGAAGAGAUGGCAAGGCUGGGUCUGGACAAAGCGAUGCUGGUGCCUCAGCUAGAGAAGGCGAAGGAUUUUGUUGCAGAAUUGGAGGCGGACGUGCAGGCAGAGGAUGAAGCUCUCGAGAACGCAGAGGAGGUUCAGCAACAGCGCAUCGAUGCCCUGCUGUCAGUCGUGAUAAAGUUCAGAGAAGCCUUUGGCCUUCGCUUCGAUCCCACUCCUGGUGCGUUCUCACCACACCUUCAUUUCUCAAGCCUGGUGCAUUCCUUGCUUGGCAUUCUACAAGACCUCUCCGCCCUCACUACCUUCCUCGCUCUCUUUUUUUCCCUUUCUCUUGAUGAUUCCUCUCGUGCCUCCCUCUUCUGA